AUGGUCAAGUUUACUGCCCCUGCUGCGGCUCUGCUGAACGUCGCUCUGGUAGCGGCGUCUCCUUAUGGCCACCGCGCACCUCACAUUCGUUACACCAACACCGUUGCUCGCGCAAGCAACGCCACCGGCUGUGUUGUCACCAAGUACGACGACAUUGCGAAUGCUGUCAAGACGUGCACCGACAUCACGCUCUCUAACAUUGCUGCGCCCUCCAACGGUGCUAUCGAUCUCUCCAAGCUUCAGACGGGCACCAAGGUCACAUUCGACGGCACAACCACUUUUGCCGACACUGUCGACAGCAGCUUCGACCCCAUCAUCAUCUCCGGCACCAACAUUGUUGUUACUGGCGCUCCCGGGCAUGUGAUUGAGGGCAAUGGUGCCGCUUACUGGGACGGUCUUGGAUCCAACGGUGGUGUCGACAAGCCCAACCACUUCGUUGUUGUCAAGAAGACCACCAACGCCAAGAUCACCAACCUGAACAUCAAGAACUGGCCCGUCCACUGCUUCUCCAUGACCGGCAACCAGGGCCUGACCGUUUCCGGCCUCGUCCUCGACAACUCUGCUGGUGAUGCGCCCAACGCUAAGAGCGGCAGCAAGGCAGCCGCCCACAACAGUGACGGCUUCGAUAUCUCCUCCAGUGACAACGUCCUGCUGGAGAACAUCAAGGUCCACAACCAGGAUGACUGCGUCGCCGUCACCAGUGGAACCAAUAUCACUGUCAACAACCUGUACUGCUACGGAGGUCACGGCCUCAGCAUCGGCUCCAUCGGUGGCAAGAGCAACAACGCCGUUGACGGUGUUACCUUCUCCAACUCCCAGAUCGUUAAGAGCUCCAACGGCUGCCGUAUCAAGUCAAACUCCGGCACCACCGGCGAGAUCAACAACGUCACGUACAAGAACAUCACCCUCACCGAUAUCGACACCUACGGUAUUGAUGUCCAGCAGGACUACCUCAACGGUGGCCCGACCGGCACCCCCACCAACGGUGUCAAGAUCUCUGGCAUCCACUUCAUCGACGUGACCGGAACUGCCACCAGCGACGCCUACAACUACUACAUCCUCUGCGGUGACGGCAGCUGCUCCGACAUCACCUUUGAGAACACCAAGAUCACGGGAGGUGGCAAGACCAGCAGCUGCAACUUCCCCGCCAGCGGAUGCCCGGCAUAA